AUGAAGCGCCUACUGUCAUUCCCAGGGUCCGUGAUCCAGCAGAGUCUCAUCCCACCGACGAGGGCCGCCUGCUCAUCCGAGGUUGCAUCCCACUGUUGUGACGGCAACGUCGUGAAGGCCGCUGAAAGUGCCAAUUCAGUCUACUGGCUCCUCUCCAGCGGGAUAGUCCUCCAUGCAACAGAUCGCCAUCUUCUGCCUCGUGUCAAGCCUGAAGGACUUGUCUUAGAGAGCAUGCCUAUCACGGAUCUUGCCAGAUGGUUCAGUCGCAUCACUGAGGCCGAUGCUCGGACGCUAGUGAAUGACUCAGUCUUGGCACCUUUAGUGCGGCUCCUACGAAUACCCUAUAAAGUUCGAACGAUAGCCGCGGGGUGGAAGCAUGCCCUGUUCGUGCUCUGUGAGGAGGAUAGAGUUUUCGGAAUUGGUGACAGCAGUCUGGGUCAGCUGGGUCUGGGUGACCAACAAUUGUAUGCUGCUGUCCCUACUGAGGUCAGCAACUUACGUAGCAAGGCUGUCAAGGACGUUGCUUGUGGCGGUGCAUUCUCCCUCUGCUUGUGUCGUGAUGGUUCCGUAUUGUCCUUUGGCAGUGGUCACAGGGGGCAGUUGGGUUGUGGUGGAGAUGUGAAACUAUCGAGGAUUCCCCUCUGUCUGCCCCUCCCUGACAGGGCUUUCCUCAUCGCGUGUGGUCCAGAGACGGCUUGUGCAUUCACCGCGUCCAGCAACCUGUUCGUAUGGGGGGUUUUUCCCCAACUUCAAGUUGGAAUGGUAGAGAUCCCUAUUGGUCAUGGCUUAGAAGCUCCUCUCCGUCGUGACAUCAGAGCGACCACGAAUGUCACAUCAGUUUUUGAUCAUUUUGUACCACGAGGGGUUCUUACAAAGGAGUCGUCUCUGCUCUCACGAAGGAGCAUUGACCGAAUCGCGAUAACUCAUUCAUCCCUCUUUCUCGCCUUCACAGCAUACAAGGAUUAA